UUCAAACCCCGGAGUUUGCAGGGCGCUGUGCCUGUGAAGGGCUGCGCCAAUGGGUGAGGACCGUCGGUAGCGCGCUUACUGGCUCGCAGGUCUCUCGAUUUUGCCGCCUCCCACCCCAGGAGAGCUCCUGGGGCUCAGUCUAACCGCUCCUCCCGCGAUUCUUGUCAGUGCCAGGCUUCUUCGAGUCACGGCCCGCGAGUACUUCCGUGCCAGACUCCGGGGGCCGGGUCGAAACAUGGCUGCGUCGGGUCUGGAUCAUCUCAAAAAUGACUACAGAAGAAGAUUUUGCCGACCUGUCAGAGUACCUGACAUUAAUUCGAAGCAAGGCCAGAACAUACUGGAAAUCUUACAAGACUGUUUUGAAGAAAAUAGUCUUGCCAAGGACUUUAGCACAAAUUCUACAAAAUCAUUGCUUUACUCAACACCUAAAAUAGGAGACAUUUGUAUUCAGUCACCAAGGAAAGAGGCUCAGUGCCAGAAAUCUCAUCCGAAGUCAGUUCCAGUUUCUUUAAAGAAGAAAGAGGCCUCUCUGCCGUUCAUUGUAGAACCGAGUGAAGUUGUCAACAGAUCAGUUCAGGACCAUGAAGUUCAUCAGCAAAUUUUGGCAACUGAUGUUGGUUCUAAAAAAACACCUGACUCGAGAAAAAUGUCAAGUAAAAAACUAAAAGAUCAUCCCAGUGAAGCUGAUGAGAAAUUGUACUUAUCUGUUGGCUCACCUUUUGUUCUUUUGGAUGCAAAAGCUUCUGUAUCGCAAAAUGCGAUUCCAUCUAUUGCCCAAAAGAGAGAGACCUACACUUCUGAAAAUUCAGUGAAUACAUUGUCUUCAAGUACAGAGAUUUCUCUUAAAACCAGAAAAAGGUUAAACUUUGAAGAUAAAAAUGCUUUGAAGAAAGUAGAAAUAGCAAAUAAAGUAUCAGAAAUAGAGGAUAAAGUAUCAGAAGAACCACAAGAGAGGAAAUCGUCAAGAACAUCUCAGAAAAGAGUAUCAGAUUCAGAAGAUGAAAUUCAGCCACAAACUAAAAAGAGUUUUUCAACAUUGUUUUUAGAAACUGUAAAAAGAAAAAGUGAAUCCAGUCCUAUUGUUAGGCAUAUAGCAACUGCUCCACUUCACUCAUCUCCUUCAAAUGACCUGAAGUUGUUAGAGGAUGAAUUUAUAAUUGAUGAAUCAGAAAGAAGUUUUGCCAGUCGAUCUUGGAUUACUGUACCCAGAAAGGCUGGGCCUCUGAAACAGUGCACAGUAUACCCUGCAGAGAGCUCUGCACUCCUUCAAAGUAAGAAGUCGAGAGAAAAACAUCACAAUGUAUCACCUACAACUUUGAUGAGUGACAAACAUUCUGACACAGAUUACCCAAUAGAGAAAUCUCAGCCCUCUGAACAAAAAAGACUGGGUAGGAGUUGUGCUUUGACAAAUGAACUGGAAAAUCAUAGAUCUACAAAAUAUGAAAUGUAUUGUGAGAAUGCAGAGAAAUCAUCUGGAAAGAAAAGGGCUAUAAAACAAAAACAGAGAAGAAAAUUUAAGGACAGUAUACUUGAAGAACAGGUUGAUGUGGAACAAUCUAAAGAUAAAGAUAAAAAUACGUUACAUAUCACCCAAGGAAGCAAGAAAAAUAGCACCAAUGUUCCUUAUACAGAGACUCAGAAAAAAGAUAAAGAAUAUAAAAAGAAGCAUUUUCCCAGUGGGUCCAAGAAGAAUAAACUUGUACCUGAUGAAGUGACUUCAACUAUUACAAGAAGUCGAAGAAUUUCCAGGCGUCCAUCUAAUUGGUGGGUGGUAAAGUCAGAACAGAGUCUUGUUUAUAGCAAUUCUUCAAGAAGAAAUGAAUUGUCAGUGUGUCACAACAGUAGACGAAAACCUGCUGAAAAAUCAAACCAAUCAUCUAAGAAUAUUGAGGAAAAAACCAUUCCGUUUAAAGGGCAGAAGAGAACUACUCUGGGCAGCUCAAGAGCACAGGAGUUUUUAAAUACUAAAGAUUCUGGAGGAAUUGUGGACCAUGAUGAAAUUUCUGGUUGUUCCCAGAAUGCGUCAUUGGAAAAUGAUGAGGAAGACCUGGCUAAGAAGAAAAAUCUUGAUCAUUCUGGAGGUACAAGAAGCACAAAGGAUCAAGAUAAUAUGACUGGACAAAAUGUUCAUCUGAAGUCUCAGAUCAGGGGAUUUACAUGCAAGACACCAGCAGAAUCUAACUUGGAUUCUGGAGAGCCUAAGACUUCAGUUUUGGAAGGAAGUGGACCUUUCAGGCUCAAGAAUUAUUUAACAUCUGGAAAGAAUAAUUCUGAUGUGGAUGACAAGGAAGUUCAGGAAAGUUCAAGUGACUCAAGAGUAAAAAUAUCUACAGUAAUACCAGAGAAUAAAAUACAUCACAAGUUAGUAUUGCCUUCCAACACACCAAAUGUUCGCAGGACCAAGAGAACACGAUUGAAACCUUUGGAAUAUUGGCGGGGAGAGCGAAUAGAUUAUCAUGGAAGGCCAUCAGGGGGAUUUGUGAUUGGUGGAAUACUGUCCCCAGACACAGUAUCAUCUAAAAGGAAGUCAAAAGGAAACGUUGGAAAAGUCAACAAAAUGGUUAAUAGGAAAAGGAUCUGUCUUGAUAAUGAGGAAAGAAAGAAUAAACUCAUGGUAGAUCUGAGUAUACCUCUGGGAGAUCCAUUGCAGCCAACAAGGGUAAAGGACCCAGAAACAAGAGAGAUUAUUCCCAUGGAUCUUUUAAGGCCACGAGAUACGUAUCAAUUUUUUGUUGAGCAUGGUGAGUUGAAAGUGUAUAAAACACUGGAUACACCUAUUUUUUCUACUGGAAAAUUAAUAUUAGGACCACAUCAAGAAAAGGGAAAGCAGCAUGUUGGCUCAGAUAUAUUGGUUUUUUAUGUUAACUUUGGUGACCUUUUAUGUACCUUACAUGAAACACCUUAUAUAAUAACAACUGGGGAUUCGUUCUAUGUUCCUUCAGGUAAUUAUUACAACAUCAAAAAUCUCCUGAAUGAGGAAAGUGUUCUUCUUUUUACUCAGAUAAAAAGAUGAAAGAUGAAGCAAAGUUUAAAUACGUGUGUGUGUGUAUAUAUAUGUAGACACACACAUAUAUAUAUACACACACAUAGAUAUAAAACAGUUUGUGCAGUUGAGACAUUUAUCUUUGUAAUUAUUUGUGAUAUUUUAAAAUAAAAAUUUUAUUCAGUUUUGUGUGUUCUUUUAUCUGAUAAACAUUUCAAACCCCCAUGUGUCUUCUGAUUUUUUUUAUAAAUGUACACAUAGUCUGUAGUGAUGCCCAUAUUCAUAGUAUUUUAAUAACAUGAAAAGAAUCUCUGCUCUCACAGUGAAAUAUAGGACAUUUCUUUUUUAGAAG